GAAGGUAGGUGUCUCAGUUCUAACUAUACUUCAUACCAGAUUAGAUUUAACUCGUUAUUACUAAGGGUCUUUUGUGAAAGAUCUUGUUCUAAUGUCCUAUAUACAUGCACCCUAGUAUUCCGCCUUGUGUCCCAGAAAAGAAUACUAUAAUCUUUCACCCACUCGGAAGUAAGACGGGGAUCUCAUCCCGAGGGUGAAAUUCUAAAGUUACCAAACAUGAGGCUUAAUUGGCAGACUUUUGCCCCGAGGGUAGAUAUUCCCCUGUCCCAUUUCCUAGGGAAGAAAUUAUCAUUUGUCUCUGACCCUGUUUACACUCGUAUGUAUAUAAUAUUGCCGUUACAUCAAUGAAAGGCAAGGCUAACGUGACGCGACUUAAUUGUCGACGCGACGUCAUUGUAUUGUUGCUGCGAUGUCGAAAUUAUUGAGAACGCGCAAAGAGCACGUGUAGCCUGUCUCAACCUUAGGGUAAGAUAAGAAAAUAUCAGACCGGUCAAACUGUGGAUUCCCCUGUCCAGGGUAAGAGUAUAACUAAUCUCAUUCUAUUCAACUCAAUAUAAAAUAAAUCUUAUCAGUGAAAUAUUCCCUAAUAUUAUUUGUUUCAUAUAACAACAGUGUUUGUGGACAGAUGAAUGGACGGUUUAAGCAUUUUUGUCAGCAGUACAUAUGAACUUUCAUUUCAUCAACAUUUAAAAAGUCUGCAAUCUGCAAUGCGUUGAAGGAAAACGGCAUCACGUCCGAGAUACCAGGUUAUGAUAUAAUUAAGAAUUUUGACAUUAUUCACAUUUUAGUGUUUUUUACGCAUGUUGGUUAAUGUUGCAUUCAUAACUGUGCAGAACAAACGUAAUUUUGGUCUUAAAUGAACAUUUCAUUUAAUAAUUCCUUCGUCAGUUCUGUGUGUGUUAACAGCCGGAUUUCAAUGUUCGGUGUCCAUUGGCCUUAUCAUGUUUUUUUCGGUCCUCGUGUUCUCGCGGUUGGUAACAUGACCGGCACAAAAGACUACAUUGAUUGAUUGAGGUUAUUCUAUCAUAUCUGAUGAAUUUGAACAUAAAAAACUAACCAAAAAAAAAAAAAAAAAGAAAUACAUAAUGAAUCCAUCGUGUCAGGCAGUGCAGACACAAAGCGGGACCUGUAAACAUUGUUACGUCAUCAGAAUGUACAAGCUGCUACAAUGUACAACAAUGUAUAUGUUACAUUAAUACAUUAAUGAGUAACAUAUUGAAGAGCAACAUUAACAAACAUGCGCAUGCAAUAAAUGCAUAGCAUACAGUGCUAGUGCUGUGCAUUGUUACUAUUUCUGUAUACACAUAUAGUCCUAUAUACUGGCCCAAUAUCUAGCAACACUUCAACUUGAUAUAGGUCUUACUGGAGGCCAAGGUCAAUCGGGUGUUAUAAAAGGAUCGCUGUUAAACACGGCGUUAUAAGAUAAUACCGUGGCUGGCGUACAAGGACCACAUCACAGGUAUGUCUCAUUGCACAAAUAGAUAUACAAUUUAGUGUUUAAAUAUCAGUGUAUUGUAAUCGUGCUCUUUGUAAGGUGAAUCAAUAACAGUGUACAUCCGUUUUACCAUAAAUCCACAAUUUUUUGUAUCAUUCCUGUGAUAAUAUAUAUUACGUGCAGGUGUAUCUGUUCUUUCUGAUAGUGGUGUGACAAUGCCUCCUAGCCGACAGGAAGUUCUUUAUGGUGCUGCGGGAACUGUAGGGGGCGCCAUUGCAGUAUGGCGUACUCUGUUCCCAUGGAUCGGGGACGAUUUUACCACCAUGUUAGGGACCAAGAAAAUAGGUGACAAGAUGAAUCCUGACUUAGCUAAUGAGGUGUACCUUAUUGAUAGGUUCGAAGAACAUGUAAAGCAGCACCCCAAAAAGGUGUUUCUCUAUUUCGAGGACAGAGAGUAUAGCUAUGAAAUAGUUAACGCCAUGGCAGAUAAAAUUGCAAAUAUAGUCCUUUCUCUGAACCUAACACCUGGAGACACCGUGGCAGCUAUGAUACAGAAUGAACCAUCCUUUGUCUGGACGCUUCUUGGUCUGCAGAAAAUUGGUAUGGUGGAUGCCUUCAUCAACUACCACUUAACAGCAGAGCCUCUUCUUCACUCCAUCCGGACUAGUAAUGCCAAGGUCAUCAUUGUUGGCUCAGGGGACGGUCUGUUUGAAUCUAUUGAGGAAAUACGCCACAACUUGUCAGACAAUAUCCCAAUUUACGUCCAGGGACGUUUGCCAUAUGUGCUUCCUCCAGGAUACCAUUCGUUAGAUAAUGUAAUGGAAAAGACACUUCCGCUUCCUGUGAGCAAAAACUUGCGCUCUCAUGUUACAAUGAUGUCACCAGUAUGUUACAUUUAUACGUCUGGCACAACAGGCCUUCCCAAACCAGCUAUAUGUAACCAAGCAAAGGCAAUUGGCUCUUCAAAGAUUUGGGCGUCUUUUGAUUUUAAUGCCAACGACGUUUCGUACGCCGUGACGCCUCUUUACCACAGUGGAGCGACAACGUUAUGUCUAUUCAACACCAUUGCAGUCGGUUGUAGUAUGGUUCUUCGUCGGAAGUUUUCCGCCCGCCAUUACUGGGAUGACUGCCGGAAGUACAAGGUCACAGUCGUACAUUAUAUUGGAGAACUCUUUCGGUAUAUUCUUAAAGUUCCGGAGUCACCGCUAGAUGGCGUUCACAACAUCCGCAUUGCGAUGGGAAACGGUCUUCGAUUGGAUAUAUGGAAGAAAUUUCAGGACAGAUUCAAAAUUCCGGUGAUCGUUGAACAUUUUGGAGCUACAGAAGGGACAUCACUAACCAUCAACCUCACCAACAAAGUUGGGGCCAUCGGAAGAAUUUCCCCACUAAUGCGACUUGCUUCCAAAUACAAACUGAGUGUACAAGUACGUGUGAUACGUUUUGAUAGGAUCAAAGAGGAGCCAAUCAGAGGAAAGGACGGAUUCUGCAUCGACUGUGGCGCAGGCGAAGAAGGCCUGAUAAUAUCCGCUGUACCCGAUACUACGACAGAAUUUUAUGUGGGGUCCAAGUCUAUCAACGAGAAAAAGUUCCUCAGGGAUGUUUUCGUCAAAGGCGACGCCUACUUCAACUUCGGAGACAUAGUUUUUGUCGACAAAGAUUAUUAUCUGUACUUCCGGGACAGACUUGGGGAUACAUUUCGUUGGAAAAGCGAGAACGUGUCAACACGGGAGGUAGCUGAGGUGUUGAGUACAUUGAGUUUUAUACAAGAUGUCAACGUGUACGGUGUAGAGGUACCAGAUAAUGAUGGAAGAGCAGGAAUGGCAGCCAUCCUCCUUAAAGAUCACUCAACCAUAACACCGGAAGUACUACAACAAAUCUACCGGAAAUGUGCUAAAUCACUUCCAAAGUAUGCUAGACCUAUAUUUCUGAGGUUCCAAACCAAUUUUGAGGUCACACAGACAAUGAAGCAUAGGAAGGUAGACCUUGUUAAAGAGGGUUACAACCCAGACAUCUUAAGCGACCCUGUCUACUGUGUUGACGUAAAAAACAAAACAUAUUCUCCUCUUGAGUCUGCGUCUUACCACCAAGUCAUAAAAUCGAGGCUGUAGACAUUCUUCUCUUACUGUAAAUAACCGUUCACGCUAACUUAUGCUUGAAAUAUUGUUUGGGUAAUGUCUUUCAGUGAAGAUAGUAACGGAAGAUACUGAGCAAAUAUUCGCUGAAGAUAUCAAAUUGCCGAUGAGGUUGAGGAGUGUUUUUUUUUUUUUUUUGUAGCACAAUUUCCAUUAACAAACAUAAGCAAAGUAAUUAGGUUUGAUAAAGUGGCCACGCAGGAUAAAAACAUCUUAAUUUGUAUCCGUUCUACAUAUCAUGGUUACCGGCUUCCAUGUUUGUUUUACUUCUCUCAAUAUAUAUGGUAUGUUUGAUUUAAAUGUAAUAUUCUAAAAAAUACUUUGCUUAUACUUUCAUUCUUUUUUUCCAAACAGCAAAUAUUAGAUAUGAGAUAUAACCAAACAAUUUCUUUCAAAUUAAUGACAUCUUCUGAUAGAAGAUAUUCUGAACAAAAAAACAAAAACAAAAAAAAUCAAAGAUAACAUCUAUUCACUACUAAUGUCUUUUAAUUGGUCUUAACUUACAAGUAAAUGACGAAUGAUUGCCAAACACGUCAACCACGUGACAGCUAAAGAGUUGGAGGGAACUGGAAACAGGAUAUUCCCCAGAUUCAAAAACUGAUACUAUAAUGUGAUGUAAAAUGAUAUAGCCUUUUCAAAAUAAGCAGAGUAAUCUGUUGUCUACCAGAAAAGAACUUUGCAUGUCGUUGUCGAAGUCUUGACGAAAUGGAGAACGUGUCUGCAAAUAUAAAAAAAAUAAAAACCAAAAACAGGAAAGAUUUUAAAAUAGGGAGGGAGGGUUGGGUUUUACCUAUCUCGGUAGCUUUUCCAAAUAUGUCUACCGGAUAUACUGUGAGAAGGGGAAUUACUCCAAGAUUAGGAGAGGUAACUUGGUACACUGCAAAGCAAAGCAAUGAAUAGAGAAAUACCGCAUGUUGUCGUAUAAUUCCCGUGCAAACUAGAAAAAAGAAUUUAAUAAAUAUAUAUCAAACUAGCCCCCAAAUUAAUAAGCUGGUCUUCAAUUGAUCAAUGAAAUUAUAUUUAAGAAAUAAUUUCUAUUAUGUUUAAAUAUUUGUUUUGUUGUUUUGAACAUCUCAUAAUACUCUUAUGUGGCUAUUGAUCGAAUAGGAGUAAGUAGGGUCAAACAUGCAGAACAACGAUAUACACAGACGUUUUCCUUAUCUGCUAGCUAUGAAACAUUAACAUGUAAGUAUCUCCUGUAUUCUAGUGAUCAACUGAGAUACUGAUUAUUAAUUCUUAGACAAGGAUAUCAAAGACUUAAUUAUGGAAAUUCUGGCAAAUGAUAUAUGAAUAAAUGGCAACAGUACCUGUAGAUAUAAAUGUAACAUAUACAGUUGAUGCUGAAUAAAGAAUGGAUGUAUA